GUCUUGUUGGGGGAACUCGAGAUUGGAGAACUUGAGAAACGUUAUGGUAGUCGGAAACUGGGCUCGCUUUUGCAGAGUUGAAGUGUGAGUCAACAUAACUACUAUAGACGGCGACGACAGAUCAGGAGCGACCGUCAAUAUGAAUAACGUUGUGUACAAAUCUGCUGGCAAACUUAAGCAUCUGCGCGGCACGCGCGCAGGCGCUAACUGCGUCAGAGUGGCGCUUUUCGGAGUCGUCUACACGACUGUGGUUGGCGGCUUAGUUCUGCUGUUUGCACCCCUUGAUUACAUAAAGAUUUCCAAUAGGCCCCUGUCCAUCCCGUCGGAGUUCACCAGAACCCUUGACGAGUCCAUCGGCUAUCACCCCUCAAAAGAUGGCAAAGUUAUUUAGUGUCCAAGACACGACUUACAGCCAUCACUGGUGUUGUAGGUGGUGCACAGCAACUAUACUUUAGUACUGCUUUUUUUAGGACUUUUUUUCAAGCGAGCUUGUCUCUUUUUCUUUUUAAUGUAGUGAUUAAGCUUAUGCAUUAUAUCUAGCCAUCUCUUUAGAUCAAGCACUUUUUGUAUGUUAUUGUUCAAUAAUUACAUUGUUUUUUUACAAAGCAAAGUGCCACUUCUGACUCUUUUUUCUGCAUGCUACAUAAAGGCCUAAUGUGUGCAUCUGCAAUGCCAUGUGUGCCCGCAGCAGCAGCAACACGUAGCCAUCUUUGUAGCUCAAACUUUUUGAGAAAUCCUGGACAGCCAGCAGUGCCUUGUGACUCUAGAAUUAGUAGUAAACUUGUAGCAUGGACAGAUGUGCUGUGUGGCCACGGCCUGAGGCCAGGUGCCCGGCAUGUGGAGAAUGCGUGGCUGGUGCCAUGGAGUCUCACGUGGAGAAGUGCCUGCAGCGCUUCAGCAAAAACCCCAAGUCUACCGAGUCAUGCGUCUGUGUUGUGUGCCGCAAGGACAUCACAUCGCUUGACGGAGCGCAGCGGAUGGCUCAUGUGAACAGGUGCCUCGAUGGGGAGGCGAAGGAGCCUCUGCAGGAGCCUGUCGUCUCGACCCCAUCUCGAAACGGAUCCCCCGGAUUUGUGCUUCUAGAUUGUCCCCUCUGUGAACGAUCGUUCAAGACAUCCGAGGCCUGCAAGAACCACAUAAAGCAAUGUAGCACGAAACUAGGCAUGUCCCCGAAACAAGUUGUUGAAGCCAUCCGCUUGCAGCAGCGCUAUGUACAAGAGAGAAUGGCCGCUGGCCUGCCUGUUGUGAGGAGGAGGCGAAAUGCACCAACAGAUGCAUCAACUGCACAGCGACCAGCAAAAAAGCCAAGACCGGUGGCGUCAGUACCCAAAAGCAAAUAUCAAGAAGAAGUUCAAAUGGCACGUGCCCUGUCGGCGUCAUUGACCACGGCAAGCAGAGACCAGGACGAGGCUCAACGGCGAUUUUGCGAGAUGUUCGGAAGCGGCCCUUCUGCAGGGAGGAGAAGAAAGCAUGCAGUCAAGGAAACCCCUGUGUUGCUGUUGACCUCGGCUGAUGAACGGGCCAAGAAAGUUGAAGAGAAGAUUGAACACCUCCUGACGCAGAGGAUGAUUGGCUUGGAACUCGGUGAUCUGUCAUGGUGCACAAAGCUGAAAGCCACUGGCAAGCUUUCAAACCGCAUCAAGGAGCUUUCAACAAAGGAUGCUCCACUCUGGAGCCUUGCGGGCGAAUGCAGAGAGCGGCAGGAAGACUAUUAUUUGCGUAGCCUGAGCCCAGUCGUUACACCGUCCGCAAUCGAGGUGGGGAGCCGACUGAAGUCUCUGAGCCAGGUUCCAGGCCGCCGCCUAUCAGGAGACCUCAACAUUGUGGAUGACCUCGCCACAGGGAAGCCCAAGCAAUUGGAAAGUGACAGAGAACUCAGCACCCAGCUGCAUCGCGAUGGACUCCUCUCUGCGCUUAACACUACGCUGUCAUCCACGGCAGCGUGCCCCGACGCCACUCAACUGAAAAAGCCAGGUUCCAGUGAAAUCGGUCAAGGAUUCCUGACUCAAGAAACUGAGGAAGAACCGACUAAGGAAGGCUCAUCACUGGCACCUGGAGCAAGAAAGGUCCUGCAGAAUCUGGAUGCCUUGGUUGGCCACAGACGAUUUUGCGACAUCCGAAUAAUCGCCGAAGACGGUGUCGUCAUCCCCGCACAUCGGGCAAUCUUGUUCACUCAGUGUCCUGCUGCUGAAAAGGAGGUCGUCUCUCGUCCGGGUGAGAAAGGGCUAAUGUUGUACUGGACUUCAAGGUCUAAAGCGUGCAUUCUAGCAUUCCUUCACUACGUUUACUCUGGUGUUCUCGACCUCAACAAUGACGACCGACGUCUUCAUCUCGAUCUCAGGGGCAUGGCUUUCAGGUAUGGCAUGGAAGAGCUUUGUGAGGAACUGAAAGACCGUUACUUCAGAAACGAGUCUGAACAAGACGAUGCCGGUGAUGGAGCGGCUGAUACUAGUCUGGAUGAAAUCCUUUCAUCCUUUUGGCUGGAGGAUGACAGCGGCAAUGGCCACAGAGAGGAGGAACCUAUCAGUGAUGACAGCGAUAAUGUUGAGUCAUUGGAGGAGGUUUGCGAUUUCCUGUCAAGUCAGCAUCCACAAAAAACCGAAGGUGCCGAACACUCCAAGAAUGCGAGAGCGAACGCCAGUGAGACCUUGCCAGUUCUUUCGCCACCUCGCACGAGUCUGGAACAAACAACCCAGCCAACGUCGAGGUCUUUGCUUGAGAAGAGCAGUGCAGAAGCCUCACAGCAGGUUCGUCGACGGCCGGGAACUCCUUUCUCUGCGCCUGCUCCCGCUAGCCCUGUUCAAUCUGAAGAUGAGCAAGCGUGGACAGACCUUGGUGAGAAUGGCCACCACCUCGACGAGGGUCGUCACGACGACUCCAGGGGUGAAGAGACAGAUCACCUUGAAGAGGGCGCGGCAUCGGCCCACGAUGACAGUGACAGCUGCUCGGAGGAGCUCUUUGGCGAGUCCAACGAUUCGGCCUCAAGCGUGGGCAACGCCACUGAUGGAGACGAGCACGCGGAAGAUCGUGAAAGGGUGCCUUCGCGGGAGGAGGCGAAGCGGAAGCGAGACAGCGACGACGAUGAGACUGCGGCGCAGGACGGCUUGCAAGGAAGCGGAGAAAAGUGCAAGGACACGGAUGACGUGUGGGACUGUGUCUGGGAUGGCUUCGACGACGGGGCGCAGCAGGACGCAGCUCCUCCAGAGCGUCGUCCGUCCUCUGCUUCAAGGUGGGACCGCCAUUCACCCGCUGCUGCCAAAGCAGCCAGCGUGGAGGAGGUUCCUCGGGAGAUGCUUGACUCCUUCUUUUUUGAGGAGCAGGGAGGUGCAGAUAAAGGAGCAGCUCCCACUGGUCUUGAACACACGCCUGUGUCAUUGCCUCGAUAUCUUGGAGCACCGAGUCAUGCCUACACACCGGUGACCCCCCUGCCGGACUACGGAGCCAUGCAUACACCGGAGCUGCGAGACCAGCUUCAGCAAUUCGGUGUGCGCAGGCUGCCACGGAAGCAAGCCGUGAACGUCCUCAACCGCAUAUACGAUGAGACUCACCCACUGGUCCCUGAAACGCCCGUGAGGAUCACGUUCCCAAGGCGGGGCAUGAAUGCAGGCGGCGAUAGGGACUAUAGGAGUGGGCCGAUGUUGACAAGUGGUCGACCUGAGCCAUUCUCCGGGAGUUCCAGUGCUAAUGAAGAACCCUCCCACUACAGUGUGUCGUCAAGGAGCAGUGGUGAAGAUGGGAGCUGCAGUGAUACUAGUGACACUGAUAUCAAAGAACAACUGAGACGGUUCUUUGAGAGGAACACUGAGCUGUCAGAGAAGAUCUUAAUGUAUGAGCCUAUUGACUUCCAAAAGCUUCGACUAAAUCUCAAGCAAGCCAAUAUCAGGAUAUCUUCUAAGAACCUGAUAAACUAUCUGGAUGAGCAAUGCAUCACAUUCACCAUGCCUCGCUCUGAAAAGCAGCAGGCAAAGCAAAGGCGGCGACAGGAAAACUUCAGACGUAGGAUGCUUGGCAAGCGCACUCUUGCCACUGCACAAGAAGGUCUGCCGUAGAGUGGUGAACGAGGGGACGCAUAUGGACAUACCCUCACGUUCUCUGUCAUAUCCCCAACAUGAUAUAGCAAGGACCAAGAAACCAAGUGCUUGGGGCCAUUUAUGAUCAGUUGUGUACAAGAACCAAGUGGUAAAAUACAUGCUUCUUUGUUUUCAUA